AUACUUUAAUCCCAAGGUUUAUUUCUCGAGGUAUAAAUACAUGAAGUAUACACAUCGUAAGUGUAUGGCUCAGUGAAUUUUUACACACAUCAACUCCCAUAUGAGGAUGACCCAAAUUGAGAAGUAGAACAUUUCCAAGCCCUGGGCUGUGUUUUUGUAGAGCCAAUGGCAGCUGCCCCACAGAUGGGGCCCAUGUCCUGCAGCUUACCACAGUCCCCACCAUGCCCUGUUGCCUCAUUGUUGACUCACUUCACCCACAUCUUACUUGUGGGGGCCCCAGGCUAAGCCCAGGGUAUCUCAUUUUUCUCCUUGUUGAAGAGGAGUCGGCACCUCACUGUCCCAUCUCCCACAGGAGGAGCAUAAACUCAAGGAGGGAAGCCACUUUCCCGGGGUCCCACCACUCAUGCCUCGAAGCUGGGACUUCGGCUGGCAUCCGCUGGAGCCCAAGCUCUUCAUCGUUUCUGGGGCCCUCAGCCUGGGGUCCUGGCUCCUUACACAGUGAAGAGCCCGGGAGGCUGGGAGGAGCUUGCCAUUUAAUCGCGGUUGCCUGGACAGAGGGGAUGUGAGCCCCUCCGAGCCGUGGAGGAAAGGAGCGUGGCAGUCCACACUGGAGUAGGCAGAGAGUUAACAUUCUUGUCAGGAGAGAAUGAGGCAGGAAUAUAAUUAAAACUUUGCCCUUGGAAUAGCUGAUUCAUUUGAAUUUUAUUCCACACGUUUGACAGAGGAAAGAAAAUGUGAGGAUUUGAAGCCCCGGUUCUCGCCUCGUUGGGUUGGCCCAGCCCUUCCCGUGGCAGUCAGUCUGCUAAUGCUGAGGGCCUACUGUGUGCCGCUGCGGGGCUCUCGCAGUGAGAGAGACCGGGGCUGUCCGAGGCCGUGUUCCAGCCGGAGAGACCCGGCCACAAAGCAUUCCUAUAACCGUAACAAAUAGGCACAGACUUAGGGGCUUAACACAACACGGAUCUGUAUCUUACAACCCUCCUGAGGUUGGAAGUCCAAGAUGUGUCUUACAGGCUAACACUGAGCUGUCAGCAGGGCUGGUUCCUUCGGGAGGCUCUGGGGAGCCUCUGGGUCCGGGCCUUGUCCACUUUCCAGAGGCUGCCUGCAUUCCUCGGCUCAUGGCUUCCACCCCACGCGUAGCUUCUUCCGGACUCUCUUUUACUCUGCCCCUCCUGCUUCCCUCUGACAAGGACCCUGUGAUGACAUGGGGCCCACCUGGAUAAUCCAGCAUCACCUCCCCAUUUCAGGAUCUUUAAUCCCAUCCGCAAAGUCCCUCUGGCCCUAGAAGGUGAUACGUUCAUAGGUUCUGGGAGUGAGGACAUGGACCUCUGUGGGGGCACAUUUAGGUGCUCGGUGAGGACCACUACUCUUCUGGUCGUUGCUGCCACAGGCCGAGAAGGUGAGUCUGGCCGGGAUGGCUGCUCGCCGCUCUGCCCAGCUGGCUGUGGACCCCGGGCCCUUCCAGGGAGCUCAGGACCACCCUCAGGGCAGCUGCUAUGAGCCAGGGACUCGAAGUGCUUUCCUGAUAAGAAGGCGCUCCACCCGCCACAGCCCCGGGAGGAAGGUCCCGCUUUGGGUCCCCUUUGGCAGAGGAAGCAGGGAGGCACAGAGAGGUGAGGUGACUUGCCCACGGCCACACAGCUGGGUGAUGGUAGAGCUGGGGUGGCGGACGUCUGCUCCUGACCGCUCCUCAGUGCCCAGUGUUGGCUCUCCUGCCUGGACAGCGCCCUGGUCUGAAGCGGGGGGCCUUUUGCCAGAAGUGUUCACUCCCGUCAGUACUUACCAGUAUGUUUGGGAACAAGGGGGCUCUCCUCUCUCCUCCCUGUCUUCCUUCCCUCCCUCCUGGGUAAUAAAAGUCGCACAGUUUCAUCGUAGAAAAGACGAGGUAGGUAGGAGUCCCCCCUACUCCCAAGGCGCGGCCACCAGCGCGACAGAGGAGGUGGCCCUCCCGCUGUCCCCCCAGCAGACUGGUGCUAGCGCGGGGAGGGCGGGGACCGUGGGACCCUCUGCUGCAUUUCACAAGCAGAUGUGCCUCUGCUGGGGGGCAGCUCCCUGGCCCCGUGGCCUCUUGUCUCCCGUCCCCCCAAAUCUCGUGUGGCUCAUUGGACCUUUCAGCUCUGCCCCUGCCAGAAUCCUGGGGCGGCAGCGGUGCAACCGCAUCUUUUUGCUCGGGCUGCACUCGUUCGCGUGCUCACGUCCGCGCCCUCCAUCCAGCGGAGCCCCUGCGGGCCGGCCGGGCUCUGCUGUUGGCUUCGUGACCACCACGGACUCCGCACCUCAGCUUUUAGGACCUACAUUCUGGAGGCAGACGGAUUGUGAAUAAGCAGACAGGAGGUUCGGAGGCUGAGGAGGGCUAAAGAAGACAGGGAAACCAGGGGUCGCCACAGUGCCGGGGGCUGUGGUCGACGAGGCAGUGAGGGAAGGCCUGUCUGUGGAGGGCCUGAGAGAUGGGCAGCGUGCACCCCGUCAAGGACAGAGAGCAGGACCCGGCCUGGAGAGAGCAGGGGGAAGGGCCCUGUGGUGAGUGGGGCCUGCGUUUUCAGGGAACCCAA